CUAGUGGGAGGAUUUAUUUUUAUUUUUAUUUUACUACGGCAGACCACCUCGGCUACCUACCUGUAACUAUCCCUUACUUCAUAUUACUUUUGUAGCUACUGUAAAAUGAUCAAUUGUUUUCUUAACAUCUAUGUGGAGGGUAUGUCUAUUUCAUUUGCAAAAUACUCACACAGAAAAUGACUCUUCUCUUUAACACAUCUGGUACUUGCCAAUAAGUUCUUUUUCCAGAAGAGAGAGAGAAAGAGAAAGAAAGAAAAUCCGUUUUCAUUUUGCUCACUACAUCCGUCUUGCAUCAUUUCAAUGCUGGGUUCAGCCUGAACAUCAGAGAAGCAUUAUGAUGUUUUGCACAAAAGAGUCUAUGUUUUACUAGGAACACCCAAAAUAGCAAGCAGUAAGCAGUGACAUACUGUGAGUUUUCAAAUCCCAAAGCAUAAGUGCCUUUUACUGGCAGGAAAUUGUUUCUUCCAAAAGCUUUCAGAAGGCUCUGAAGUCAAAAGAACUUCUCCUUUCUUUCAUCAGACGUUUAAGCCAUUUUUUUUGUAUUAUUCAUUCUUCAAAAGCUAGGAAGGCCUGGUGCCGCACAGAUUAAAAAAUUUGAUGAAAAUGUGGAGAACUGAAUUUAAGAUCAGAAAAAUGAGGACAUGAAAUUAGAAGAUGCAUAUUGAUUGAAAAGGAAAUUUCAGCAUGCAUUGUUACAAAUGGCUCUCACUCGCACUGACCCUGGCUCAGCUUGGGCCCUGUUUUCCCUGUACGCACAAGUGUAACACCAAUGACUUGGAGCAAGCAUUUGUGAGACGUCGGAGAGUGAAACAUGGUGGGGUUCGGAGCCUGCUGGUUGUACAGGAAGAACUGAUGUUAACACAUCCUUUGAAAUCAGGCCAGCUGAAAUCUGAUGUAGAUAAACAAGACAAUUCCCUGGCUGAUAAUGGACCACAUUUCUUGGAUGAGCCCUAUGAAGCUACUGUUCCCGAAAUGUCUAUAAGAGGUACUUCGGUGAUUCAGGUUACAGCUAUAGCUCCAACAGGGGCCCGCCUGCUUUACAGUAUCCCUUCUGAACAACCCUAUUUUUCUGUGGAGCCAACAACAGGGGUAGUAAGAACGGCUUAUCCAAUGGACAGAGAAACACAGGAUCAGUGCUUUGUUGUCAUUCAAGCCAGAGUUGGUGAAGCAGGUGUCCCUACAGCUACCACAACUGUAACUAUCAACCUCUCUGAUGUUAAUGACAAUCCUCCUCGAUUUCAGCAGAAGCGUUAUGAAAUGUAUGCAUCUGAGGCAGCUCCUGUGGGCAGCAUCCUAGGCACAAUCAAGGCAGAUGACACUGACCUGGGAGAGAAUGCAGCCAUGGACUAUGUAAUAGAAGGAGACACUCCUCACAUUGUUCGCAUCAUUACUAACAAUGAGACUCAAGAAGGAACUGUCAUAUUAAACAAGAUAUUGGAUUAUGAGAAUCAAAGCAUAUAUAAUAUGAAAGUGAAAGGUUUCAACAGGCACAUAGAUGAGCGCUUCCUGAAAGAUGGGCCAUUUGAAGACACAACUUAUCUUAGGAUCAGAGUGAAGGAUGUUGAUGAGCCUCCCAUUUUCACGUUAGAUGAAUUUGUGAUGGAGAUUGAUGAAGGUGAUCUGAAUGAUUCAUUUGUAGGAGUUGUGAGUUCCAGAGAUCCAGACAGUGUCAACAGUUCAAUCAGGUAUUCUAUUGUCCACAGCAAGCAUUUAAAGGGAUUUUUCAGCAUCAAUGCACACAAUGGAACAAUCAGUAUAACCAAACCUCUGGACCGAGAGAUAGCGGCUUGGCACAACAUAACCGUUUCAGCCACAGAAUCAAUGAACCCCAAACAAAUAUCGAAAGUGAACGUUUAUAUACAUGUCCGUGAUGUUAACGAACAUGCGCCAGAAUUUUCGGAUUACUAUGAGACAUAUGUGUGUGAAAAUGCAGGUUCUGGACAGGUUAUUCAGACCAUCAGUGCAGUGGACAAAGACCAUUCUGUGGAGGAUCAUCAUUUCUUCUACUAUUUGAAUGAGGAGGCCACAAACAGCUCUGGUUUUGCAGUCAAAGAUAAUCAAAACAAUACAGCUAGAAUUAUCACCACACGAGGUGGAUUUCAUCGUCGAGAACAGUUUAUUUUUACCUUACCAAUCCUAAUUGCUGACAACGGAAGUCCACCCCUCACCGGCACAAACACUUUGACCGUCACUGUGUGCGACUGUGACCACGAACCUAGUCUCCAGUCAUGCAGAUAUGGAGCAAUGCUCUUCUCAAUGGGCAUCAGUGUACAAGCUUUAGUUGCUGUUGUAGCUUGCCUACUAAUAAUAUUAGUUUUUAUUCUAGCAAUUGUGGCCUUGAAGCAGCAGACAAAGCAAUCUCUAUUUCAAAAGAAAGGAGGAGAAGCAUUCAGAGAAAACAUUGUGAAGUAUGACGACGAAGGCGGCGGGGAGCAGGACACGGAAGCUUUUGAUAUUUCGGCCCUGAGGAACCAAACUGUCCUCAGAGAACACAAACCUCGAAGAAAUAUCACAACACAGAUCCAGAGCCUUUACAGGCAAUCUCUGCAGGUUGGCCCCGAGAGUGCUGUUUUCCGGGAAUUCAUUACAAUGAAGUUAGAAGAAGCCAACUCUGAUCCCGAUGUUCCCCCUUAUGAUUCCCUUCAGAUAUAUGCUUUUGAAGGCACUGGCUCAAUAGCUGGAUCUCUUAGCUCUCUGGGAUCAAGUUCUUCUGAACAGGAUGAAAGUUAUGACUAUGUUCCUGAACUGGGAUCCCGCUUCAAGCAUUUAAGAAGCAGCCGGGGCUCUGCAAAGAGGGCAAAGCCAUAGGCACUGCUAAUUGUGACAUUAUGGGAAAGUCCAGCAGACAUGACUGUGGCAAUAGUUACAAAAGAAAGUGGGAAAUAUCAACACAGAUGGCAAAGCCAAGCGGUUUUGAAAUACAGCACAAGUCUUAUUAUUUAAAUUGUAUUUUUGGCAUAUGCUUGUUAGAAAUAUAUUUGUGUACAGGCAGCAUCAUACAAAAAUGAUGCUAGAAUAAAAGGCUAUCCACCUUCCCUUCAAAAAUGGAAGAUUUUGAGAUAAGCAAAUUGUGUGGCAAGGCCCCCAAACCAGCCCCUCAUUAGAAUAAAAUCCACACUGACACAAAUUUCGGUUUAAGGUUAUUGGGCAAAAUUUUAGGCCACAACUUUAUUGAUUACAGAAAUGUGAGUGGUAUUGGCUUAAGCAUUGGCAAAGGACUAUAUCGGACUCCUGCCCCCUUUGCAGGAAGUCAGUAAGGGUAAACCACCCAAAGAGGAAGCCACAUCGGGGGGAACCUGCCUGUAGCUCCCCUCAGUAUCCCCAGAGGCCUGACAUGGCUCUAGCCCAUCAAGCAGACUUCAGUCAGGAUCCAGGCCCUGGAUUCCUUUAAUGGAAUACCUUUGGUCAAUGGAGAGGCAGGCGAUGGCUGACCUCCCCUCCCCCACAAAUCAAUGAACCAAUGCCUAACCACAAAACCUUACAAAGUUGUGACGAUUGCUAAGAGGUAGGCAAAAACCAAGUGGCUAGUGCCAAUCUGCCAAAUGGAAAAAUGCCUACCUGGCCCCCAGCCCAAGACAGGUGACCAAUGAAAAUCCAAAGCAAGGCCAGAGGACAUCUAAAAUAAAGGGCGGGUGGGCGGGUGUUCGGCAGCGUGAAGCAGGUGCCUGACAUGCGUCACACUGCCACUUUUAUAUCCCCCCACAAAAGUGAUUGGCUAAGCGAUCGGGGUGCUACUCUGGCAUGAUGGCAUUACUCCACCCAUGCUGGGGGGGGGAGGAACUGGCCUGGGGGCCUGCCCGCAACCAGGGCCAUCCUUAAAGAUGAUCCCACUUGUGAGUUGGUGCAUCUGUCGCUUAGACACCAUUUUCUGUGUACAGGGAUAUUGCAUUCGAAAAAAACAUCCUUGCUUAAAAUGAUCAUCUCAGAUUAUCAGUAUGAUCUAUUUUUUCUUCUUCAGAAAAAGACAUUCAACAUUAUAAGUACAGAAAAACUUAGAAAUAUUCUUUCAAUAUUCUGUGCAGCUUAAGCUUUUCAACUAUUUACAAAGUUCUGUUGGCUACAAUUUAAUAAUCACAAUCAAAAAUGUAUAUGCAUUUCAUACAGUAUGGAAUUUUGUACAGUUUAUAGUGAAUACAGAAACACCUGAAAUCUUGGAGAGAGAG